CUUCACUAUCCAUCGUCACCUCCCUCCCUCCCUUCUUCCCCAGCCUCUCAUCCUAUCCAAGAAACCCGAAAAUUCCAGACAAAGGAGCGCGCGGCAGCAGCAGCCAUUAGCGCUUUCUAGCUAGCCGAAGGCCACAGCCAUGGCCGCCCCCGCCACGGCCUCCCUGCUGAGCACCCUGCUCCAGCUCCCCCUGGCCCCGUUCUCGGGGAAGAGCUCGCCGCCGUCGGUGGUGCACGUGGCCCGGCGGGCGCCGACGGCGUUGGUGGCCGCGAAGGGGUACAAUGUGCAGAUCCUGGUGGACGAGAACGAGGGGGAGGAGUCCAUCUUCCGGCGAUUCCGGCGGGAGGUGAUGCGGGCCGGCUUGCUGCAGGAGAUCAAGCGCCGGCGGAGGUAUGAGAGCAAGAAGGACGAGAAAAAGCGCAAGGCACGCGAGGCCGGCCGCCGCAACCGCCGCAGGCGUAUGAUGGACGAGCCAAGGUUCCAGGAAGAAGAUGCAGGGGCAGCCGCAAGGGCUCGGGACGAGGACGAUGACAACUGGGAGAUUGACGGCAUCCUGUGAAACAACGGAGUUCAUAAGUUCAUAACCGUCCCGAUACACAGUUGCGACGAUUUGAGUUCUUUUUGGCCUGCAAAGCACAAACUAUAUUGGCAGUGUUCCUUUCCGCUUCAAUUGUACGAUUGGAAUGUAUGACAAAUAUUAGCUAAUGCAGCAUCCUUUCCUUUCA